CUCGCACACGGAUCACAGACACACACUCAAAGAAACACAGACGUAUGUUUUUACCUUGUCAGACACUCAGUCUGUUCAUCAGUGAAAUUCAACUCGAUACCAAACUGACUGAUUCAUUGUGAAUAGAAUCUCUGGGCGUCACGGGGUUAAUGUUCAGCUCCACGGCUGUUGUCCAAGUUGAUUAUAUAACCGUGAAUCGCCUCAGGGUUUUACACAGGCAGAGAGAGACAGAGAAUCCAGACCUUCACAACCUCAUCGGAUCAGCAGCUCCAACAUGGCGAGCUGUUCAGGAUGUGGACCAGGAUACCGCAGCCCGCUGGAGGCCAUGAAGGGUCCCCGGGAGCAGAUUGUCUACCUUCCGUGUAUCUACCGAAACACUGAGGUCCUCAAACCAGAUUACCUGGCAACAGUCGACGCCGACCCAAGUCGACCUCUGUCCUGUCAGGUGAUCCACCGGCUGCCGAUGCCGAACCUUCGACGAGCUGCAUCACUCCGCUGGAACGCCUGCAGCAGCUGCUUCGGAGACGUCUCCAAGACCCGAAACCUGAUUCUGCCGUCGCUCAUCUCCUCCAGGAUCUACGUGGUCGACGCCGGGACGAAUCCCAGAGCGCCUCGGCUGUUGCACAAGAUGGUCGAACCCGUGGAUCUGUUCUGGAAAUGUAACCUGGCGAAUCCUCACACGUCUCAUUGUCUGGGUAACGGUCAGAUCAUGAUAAGCUGCAUGGGAGAUCCGUCCGGUAACGGCAAAGGUGGAUUUGUUCUGCUGGAUGGUGACACGUUUGAGGUGGUCGGAAAUUGGGAGCAACCGAAUGAAGCAGCGCCCUUUGGGUACGACUUCUGGUACCAACCUCGACACAACGUCAUGAUCAGCACUGAAUGGGGUGCACCUAAAGCUUUGGCCGAUGGUUUUAAUCACCACGUCCAGGAAGGUCACUACGGCAGCUCCAUCCAUGUUUGGGACUGGACUACCCACAGCAAGCUGCAGACGAUCAAUCUUGGUGAAGAGGGCGCUAUUCCUCUCGAGGUCCGAUUCCUCCACGACCCCAACGCCACCGAGGGCUACGUGGGCUGUGCUCUGCAAUCAAACGUCUUCAGAUUCUACAAAACUCCGGAAGGUCAAUGGGCUGCAGAGAAGGUGAUCAAUGUUCCCAACAAGAAGGUGGAGGGAUGGAAACUGCCAGAGAUGCCUGGUCUGAUCACAGACAUCCUGAUCUCAUUGGACGACCGUUUCCUCUACUUCAGUAAUUGGCUGCACGGUGACAUCAGACAGUAUGACAUUACAGACAGGAAGAACCCCAGAUUGGUCGGCCAGGUGUUUCUAGGAGGAAGUAUUGUCAGUGACGGACCAGUCAGGGUCCUGGAGGACCCCGAAAACCAGCCGCAGCCCCGCCCACGCAUCAUCCAGGGGAGGCGUGUCUCUGGAGGUCCUCAGAUGUUGCAGUUGAGUUUGGACGGUCGCAGACUUUACGUGACGACGUCUCUGUUCAGCAGCUGGGACAAACAGUUCUACCCCGACCUCAUCAAAGACGGCUCGGUGAUGAUGCAGAUCGAUGUGAACUCUGUCAGCGGAGGUUUGACCGUAAACGAGAAAUUCCUAGUGGAUUUUGGUAAAGAACCCGGCGGUCCGGUUCUCGCCCACGAGCUGAGGUAUCCAGGAGGAGACUGCACGUCCGACAUCUGGGUGUGACAGCAUCACAUCUGUGUGACGUCUGCAUCAUUGAGAUGAUUCCUCUUUCUUCUUUUCGUUUCUCUGAACAGAAACAUAGGCUCUUAGUUUUCUCUGAAUAGAACUAUCAUGUCGAUCAAGAGUAUCUCCUGCAGCGCCUCCUGCUGCUCACACUGUAAACUCAUGGUGUUUAAAUAAAGUUCAGUGUCUCACA